UAUUAUGCGAAGAUGCAUAAUUACAUAAGCAUAUUCUUGAUACGUCGUCCCUCUGUUUUUAAAUCCGUGGUGAAAAGGAAUCUUAAAAAGAUACUACUCUAUCUAUCUCUAUAUUCUUACAUCCAUGACAUUUUAUGACAUUUCAUAAUGGCGCGUAGUAAUUUGUUAAUAUAGAUUAAAUAGAUGGCCAUAACUAUUAGAAUGGAUCUAGACACAGCUUAUAUUGAACCAUUAAUCGACGAUUGGAUGGAAUAUCUUCAACAAAUGAUGAAAGAACAGGAGCAAGAGCAAUUUUUCGACGCAACUGAUUUUGCUAUGCCAUUUGCAGCAAUUCCAGCAUCUACUAUCAAAGCUGCCUUCAAAAUAGCAAAAUAUCUUGAAUUGGAUUCAAAUGUUAAGUAUAUGGCCAUUCAGUUGUAUGAUAGAUUCAUGUGCAAAUAUUUCUGGGAGCUUUAUAAGACUGAGAUCGCAAAUGAUCCAUCUGAAGCGUCUUGGUUUAGAAUUUGCAAGAAAACUUCUAAUCAUACCAAAUUAUAUCUAAUGUCAUGUUUUCAAUUGGCAUGCAAAAUGGAUUCUCAUUCCAAUAGUUUGGGAAUAUCGCAAAUUCUUAAUAUUUUAUAUCUGAUUGAUAAAGAAUCUGAAUAUACACGAAAUAUGAUCUCUUCUUCGGAAAUUAAAGUUUUCCAAACGGUAGGAUUUAAAAUGCCCUUUUGUACACCAUUGCAUUGCAUUCAAGUUCUUCUGGCUGCAACAGGUCUUAGAGAAACGCCAAAUACAUUUAAUAUUUCAAUGGACUUGUUGGACUUAGCUUAUUUAAAGCAUGACAGAUUAUAUUCACAAUUUCAUUUGUAUUAUGCACCUAAAGAUGCUCGAAACACAGAAUAUGUAACAAGAAAGCUAAUGUCAUUGAAAUCGAACAUGCUUUUCCUAAGUGCAGCAAUAGUAUUUUGUGCAACCUUCUUUCUAUGCUUGGACACAAACGCUUUGGAAGAACGAGUUAUUCUAACAAAAUUAGCGGAAUUAUCAGAUACAAUGGAUACUGAUAUUUUUAAUAUGGCCAGUACAUUGCUCUUGAUAGUGACACAAGAAUAAAAUAACAAUAUGUAUAUUAAAAAUUAUUUCAUACAUGUAAACGUAUGUGCAUACACACACAUAACAAUAGCCAUGUGUCGUGAUUGAGUAAAUAUACAAUCACUACUAUGUAUAAUCAAUGUACCAUGUAAAUAUUUUGUAAAGAAAAUUGAUUAAUAUAUAAUUACAUGUAAA